AUGCGGGCAGUCCCUGCUUUUCCACGAGUCAGCAAAGAUGCUGGCAAAGCAGCCAUGACAAUAUACUGCACUGUAAAGGGGGCAAAGAGUCCCAAACUUCCCGAACCAGUACGACAAAAAGAAGAGCUGCUUAACAGUGAUGCUCAGCACUGCGAACAGUGCAUCUUCAGAAAUUUAGCGGCAAUUUAUACCAACAGCGAUUUCCAUGUGAAAACUCAUUCCCAGCGUGCCGGGCGGGCUCGGGCUCCUGGCCCGCGGGCGGAGCAGCUCCUUCGGCCCCGCCGCCGCGGCCUCCUGCUGCAUCUGCUGCCCAGAGGAAUAAACCACCCCAAAGCACAGCGCCCAGGAGAACCGGCGGGCGAUGCACGGCGUGUGCUGCCGUGGCCGAGCCCGGAGACAGCGGCGGCAUUCCCCGAAGCCUGCGGGGCAGCGGGACAUGCUCANGCCCGGCGCUGGGACCGCGCUGCGGAGCCCCGGGGCCGGGCAGCUCCGCACCGCCGCCGCUCCCGCUGUACCGCGGCGGGAAGCGCUGCCCUCGACUGCGCUUUUCCUUUUCCCCUCCCGCUGAAUUUGCGGCAGUGCCACCUCACGCUCGUGGCCCCGGGUGUUGGUUGGGUUGCAGGGGAAGCCGGGCGAGGUGAAACAGUAUCAGACACUACGGGCGGCGAGGGGGUGGGGGGAACACCGGAUCUCGCCGUUGCGCGCUGCAGUAAGCCAGUGUUCAGCGCUCGUGGCUGCAGGACAGAUAAGCACAGCUGUGUCAAUACUGUGGAUCACUGCCUACCUGAACAAAAUGAGUUUACUUUGCUUUCAGAGAUAAAUUCUGAGGAGCGUGUUGAUACAGCUGAUCAGGAGACAGUCUCCUGGGAUCGCAGUAUUCCUGAAGAAAUAAAGCAAAAAAUACAGCCUAAAGAGGUGCCUGCAGAAAGUGUCACUGUCUGGAUCGAUCCCUUAGACGCUACACAAGAAUACACAGAGGAUCUUCGACAGUAUGUCACGACAAUGGUUUGUGUGGCUGUAAAUGGUAAACCAGUAAUAGGUGUGAUACACAAGCCCUUCUCAUCUUACACAGCUUGGGCAAUGGUGGAUGGUGGGUCAAAUGUAAAAGCUCGUUCCUCCUACAACGAGAAGACUCCCAGGAUUAUUGUGUCCCGCUCCCAUGCAGGAAAAGUUGAGCAGGUUGCACGGCAGACAUUUGGAAAUAAAACUGUGAUAAUCCCCGCUGGUGGAGCAGGUUAUAAAGUGUUGGCCCUCCUUGAUGUGCCUGAAAAGAAUCAAGAAGAAGCUGACGUGUAUAUCCAUGUCACCUACAUUAAGAAGUGGGACAUAUGUGCUGGAAAUGCAGUGUUGAGAGCAUUGGGUGGCCAUAUGACUACCCUGACUGGAGAAGAAAUUAGUUACACUGGCUCAGAUGGCAAUGAAGGAGGACUUAUAGCCAGUAUCAACAUGAACCAUAAAGCACUAAUUGAAAAACUUCCAGAUCUGGAAAAAACAUCACACAAAUAAGCAUGACGGAUGAAGUACAAGUUGUGCUUUUGUAGCCUUCAGAUGCUCUGUCUGAAGAAGCAGGUGUGAAAACCUGCUGGAAAAGAUGCACAGCAAAGCAAAGCAGUUUGGUGUGGGCUUGGGGACUGUAUCUUGCAUUGGGUUUUGUCAGUGGUGGUAUUUAAAAAGAAUAAAAUAAUAAUAAUAAUAAUAGUUGGAAGUAGGAAGGGGAUUGAUGGUCUCACACAUCAGUUUCCAUGUUUUAUUUUUUUCAGACUGUUUUCAUGCAGUUCUUAUACUCAAGGUGCAUUUACCAUAUAUAUUGGUAAACAUAGGUGAACUAAAGAAAAAUCAAUUUUUUUUGUAAAAUGUCCUAAGUAUUUCUCACAGAAACUUCUUGAAACCUUUUACAUCUUACUGUAGUUUUAGCAAUUCCAUAAUAAAUUAUGUAGGGAAAAAAGCUUGAUUUGUGUAGGCAUCUGAUAACUGUAAACAGUUUAUCAGGAAUCAUGACCUCGUAUUUUGUAUCCCCUGAAUGGAAAGCACAAGAAGUUGAUUCAAAUCUAUAUGCAGCAACAGUUUAUCUUUGAUGGUGUGGCACUCUCUGCUUUUUAAGAGAAAAAAAGAAAUGUUCUGUACUAUUUUGACUUCUUUCCUGAAGAUGUAAACCAGUUUUAGUUCAGGUGGGUUGUGAAUAUCAGUGUUUUAUUAAUCAGUGUAAUUAUUUCCUUAUACAUUUUUAAAAGAAGGCAGCAUUUCCUUGUAUAGUUUUUUAGCAGUUACUUCUUGUCCUUGAUUUCUGCAAGCAAUGUUGAAGAUGCAUGCUAGAUUUUUCUCUAAUAUAGGGCUUGUUCAUCAUGUGGUGUUUGUGCCUAUAGAAGCAGCCUCUUCCUUCAGUACCUGUUAUUUUGUUUGUUUGGGUUUUCUUUCCAUUGGACAGAGUCAUAGGGAAUGAAUUUUACAGAAAUAGUAGGUUGACUGGUUAUUUCCAUUUCCAGCACAAGAUAUAAACCAGCACUUUUUCUACAACUCCAGGAAUAAAUAGUUUUGUCUUUUUAGCUUGCAGCACACUCUUCCUGCAGACAGCUCUUCAGCCAUUCCAAUCAGCUUGUGAUUUGUGGUAAUUUACAGACAGAGGAGAGACCAUUUGAACUUGAAUCUGCUUAAACAAGAUUGAAGAACAUGUGGCACUUGAAGUACAGCAGAGUCUUCAAAACUUUACUGAAAAAUGUUCUUUUCAGUCCAGUACAUACAGAACAGAAUGCAGGGCCUUUGAUAUCAAAUGCCAAUUUGAUAUCAAAUUUUCUAAAAUAUGUGGACUUCUAUCUUCAAACAUGUAACCAUCUGCAUUGUUGUUCUCUGCAUACCCCUGAAAGGUUUCAGAAGGUUACAAUGUACAAAUUGUUUGAAUUAUCAGAAAAUAAGCUGCCCAUUUAUCCUGAAAAAUCCUUAAAUUCUUAGUUACUGUAGAUGGUUUCUGUUCAAAGUUUGUUCACUAUAGGCUUAGGCUGCUUGAUCCAAACCCUUAAUUUUUUAAUUUUAAUUUCUUUCAUAUUGUUAAUGAGAACUACUGUUCUGAUUAGAAAGAGGUUUUUCUCCUUAGGUCAGUAGUGGAGAAUGUUUAGAUACUGCUUUCAACUUCUAGCUGAAGUUCACAUUUCCAAAAGACCUCCCAGUUGUUGCAUAACUACAGAUACAGACUUCUGUUUCUUAAACUCGCUGGGAAAGGAGACUGAAGCUUAGUCCUAUGAGCCUUUUGGUACAGGUAGUUUUUGGAGAUCUUCUUGUCCAACACAGACACUAUUGCUGCUCUUUGAAAAUAACUUUUACACAGUAGAUAAUACACAAAGCAAUUUUACUUUCAGUUUUUAAAUUUAAGAAACUGCUAUAUGCUAUGACAAAUAAGUGAUGAUGCCCUUUUUAAAAAGGAUCUGAUCUGUCUCAAAAAGUUAUUGAGCUUCCAAACUUCAGUGAAGAAUAAAAAAAAAAUUAUCAAGAUUUUAACAUUUUACAAGAAGAUUGCAGCUUUUUAAGGCUGACUUAAAUGUCUUAGAGCCUAAUUUAAUUUUUAAAAUGUUGUUUGUAUGUUUAUUUGUUAAAGAACAUGGAUUAAAAUUUAAAUAUGAGAAAUAGCCAUAGUUAGCCUAGUAUAAAAACCUGAUUGUAUCACAGAGAUCAAAUGCACAAUAUUUGAUUAGGCAAUUAAGAUAAAAUCUGUGGCAAGCUGGGGUUUUAGAAUCAGCCUGAAAUCUUUAUGUCAACAUUAUUGCUAAAAAUGAAACUGCUUUUAUUUUGGGGACUGCUUCUAUCACUUCCUUGCAUAAGCUGUGAUCAGGCUUCCUGUAUGGGAAAUGAAAAAUGUUAUGUAAUGUACAAGGGCUUACUUGUAUCUUAGUUGAAGGCAUAGACCAGUGAGCAAAAGUGUUUGCCUAAGUUAUGUUUUUUCCUAGGAAAACAAAGUAACUUAGGAGAGACCCUCCUUUCCUUCUCCCACAUGCUGGCUAAAAUGCCUAGCCUUCCAUUAGGAAGACUUGUGCUUGUUUAGACACAUUAAUAUCCUGAAUUGCUUUGUUGCAAUGGAUUACAGUGUUCAGUACAUGUCACAGGGGACCAUUAUUGGCCUAAUCUCACUCCUGGUGAAACUGAGGAAAAGAUGAGAGUGUGGUGCCCAGUUAAUUACUCGUAGUAGAGCCUGAGCUAGUGGAACUUUCCCACACUUGAGGGCUAAGGUAGUGCUUGUGGUCUCCCAGUGUAAUUUAAAGAGUAGCUACACUGGUGUGAGAAUAGGUGAGCAGCUGGUGAAUAUCAGUUUCAGAUGUCAUUUUGCAAUAAAUGUAACUGUUACGCAGACCAGCAAGUAUUCACACGUGCUUGCUUAGUGCACGCAUCCCAGUGCGCUUUGUACAGUGUUAACACUCAGUGUGUCAUUUCUUCGGCUGUGUUUACACUCCAUUCUGAAAUGGUCUGCUCAAAUUCUGGCUUAAAUAUUUGUUUGGUCUCAUCAGUGUAGAUGUGACUUAACCUUAUGCCCAGAGGGUGGGAAAUCCUACCAUACCCACAUCUCACUGCUGGGCUACAGCAGUGUUCUUUACGUUUUAGCCUUUUCCACACAAAGCUGUUACAUGCCAUUUUUAGGGAUGCUACUUAAAAUGACUGCAUGUUGUAGGUGGGUCCUACAAAAGUAUAUAUUUUUUAAAAAUCUUAAUUAAAAAAAAAAAA